AUGCUCUCCAGGCUGCGCACCGCACCCCGAUCAGCGACGCGCUUCCUGUCGACCUCGGCCGCCGCUCCCUCGCCUCUCGCCCUCGCUCGCGAGCCUCAACAACGUCCGACGUCGGACUCUGCCCUCUCUCGAGCCCGCACCCGCAUCGCCAACCGCGACCACGUCCAGGUCGCCCCUCCCCUCGUCGACUCGUUCGGCCGCAAGCACGACUACCUCCGCCUGUCCCUCACCGAAAAGUGCAACCUGCGCUGCACCUACUGCAUGCCCGAGCAGGGCGUCCCGCUCCUCCCAAAGGACGACCUCUUGACCGCCGACGAGAUCGAGCGCGUCGCCCGCGUCUUUGUCGACCACGGCGUGCGUAAGAUCCGCCUCACCGGCGGCGAGCCCACCAUCCGGCGCGACAUUGUCGACAUUGUCGAACGCCUCGGCCGCCUGUCGCUGUCGUCCCUCGGCAUGACGUCCAACGGUAUCGCCCUCAAGCGCAAGCUCCCCGCCCUCGUCUCGGCCGGCCUGUCGUCCCUCAACCUCUCGCUCGACACGCUCGACCCGUUCAAGUACGAGCUCGUGACGCGCCGCCGCGGGUUCGACGCAGUCAUGGACUCGCUCGACAUCGCCCAGGGGCUAAAGCCCAAGGGCCUCAAGACCAAGGUCAACGUCGUCGUCAUUCGCGGCCUCAACGACCACGAGGUGCCCGACUUUGUCGAGUUGACUCGCGAGCGCGACAUUACGGUCCGCUUCAUCGAGUACAUGCCCUUCGAGGACAACCGCUGGUCGACCGCCAAGCUCGUCCCGUCGUCGGAGCUCCUGUCGCUCAUCUCGGCGCGCCACCCGGCAUCCGGGCUCGACAAGCUCCAGGACGCCGCGAGCGACACGACGAGGGCGUAUCGCGUCCCUGGGUACGCCGGCAGCUUUGGGUUCAUCAGCAGCAUGACGGACCACUUUUGCGGCGGCUGCUCGAGGUUGAGGAUCGGCGCUGACGGGCGCGUCAAGGUCUGCCUCUUCGGCCCUCCCGUCCUCUCGCUUCGCCCGCUCUUGCGCUCGUCGCCGGCCUCGCCCACGUCCGACGCCGCCCUCAUGCACGCCGUCGGCGGCGCCGUGUACGGCAAGAAGUUUGCGCACGACGGGCUCGGCGGGCCCGAGGGCAUCAAGCGCGAGGGCAAGAUGGGCCCGAUGGUCGGCAUUGCAGCGUCUCUGCCGAUCUCGCCCCUGCGUCCCACCCGCCGUCCUCGGACGCGCACGCCGCUGCACCUCCUCGGCCCCUCGACCUCGUCCCCCCUUUCCUUUCCCACGACCCGCCUCUUCUCCUCGACCUCAUCUCCCCGCACUUCUUCCUCCUCGUCAUCUGACGACAACGACUCGUCGCCUCGCCUGACGCACAUCGACCCGAGCACGGGCAAGGCCGCCAUGGUGUCGGUCGCCGGCAAGGCGUCGACGCUGCGCUCGGCGACGGCCGUCGGGCGCGUGUACGUGCCGCCGGCCGCGUUCGCCCUCAUCGACUUUGGCGACGAGCACGAGCACGAGCUCGAGCAGGUCGAGCGCGACGGCUCCCGACGACGAUCUCGGCGCGGCGGCAUGAACAAGAAGGGCGACGUCGUGAGCGUCGCGCAGCUCGCCGGCCUCAUGGGCGCCAAGCACACGUCGCUCCUCAUCCCGCUGUGCCACCCGGUCCCGCUCUCGCACGUCGCCGUCGAGCUGCGGCCCCUGCGCGCGACGAGCGAGGUCGAGGUGCGCUGCACGGCGACGUGCGAGGGCGCGACGGGCGUCGAGAUGGAGGCGCUCACGGGUGUCAGCGUCGCGGCGCUCACCGUGUGGGACAUGUGCAAGGCGGCCGGCGGCAAGGAGAUGGAGAUUCGCGGGCUCAGGGUCGUGAGCAAGAGCGGCGGCAAGAGCGGCGACUGGGUCCGGCCCGACUUUGACGAGCAGCGCGACGACGUCGAGUAACGAGGACUGGUACUCUCUCG